AAAGAUUAACGAGCUGCAAGUGUAGUUCAAUAUACGUAAAAUGUAUUCAUAGGGUUAAAUUACAGGAUCUCGAAAACUUAUGUACGGUGCUAAUCGCUUGAGGAAAAGUGAAUGAGUAGACAAUCGUAUUAAACUCGCGUUCCCGUCUGCUCCUCCUCCAGCUUUCAGCGCUGACCUCUGGUUGCUAGAGGCGAAUGUUUGUUUACUUCCGGGGACAUCCCCGACAGACAGCCGCCUGUGCUCCGCAAGCUGGGGAGAAAAAUGGCAGGGGAAGCAGAAGACGAGAUCCCCGAAUCGGGAGCCGUCUUCACCUUUGGGAAGAGCAAGUUUGCAGACAACGUCCCUAGCAAGUUUUGGCUGAAAAACGAUAAGGCUAAGCAAAUCUCGUGUGGGGAUGAGCAUACCGCGCUGAUAACAGAAAAUGGCAAGCUGUACAUGUUUGGCAGCAAUAAUUGGGGCCAGCUGGGGCUCGGAACAAAGAGCACAGUGAACAAACCCACUUGUGUGAAAGCUUUAAAGUCAGAAAAGGUGAAGCUUGCAGCAUGUGGAAGAAACCACACCAUAGUUUACACAGCCCAAGGGAAAUUGUAUUCUACUGGGGGCAAUAAUGAAGGCCAGCUGGGUCUGGGCGACUUUGAGGAGAGAACAACGUUCCACCAGCUGGACUUCUUCAACACCGAGACUCGCGUUAAGAUGCUGGCAGCGGGGUCCAACAUGUCCGCCGCGCUCACAGAGGAAGGGAAGCUCUUCAUGUGGGGAGACAACUCUGAAGGUCAGAUUGGACUGGCCAACAAAAACGGUGCAUGUGUCCCUCAGGAAGUGAGUGUGGGGAAGCCAGUCGUUUGGGUGUCCUGCGGAUAUUAUCACUCUGCUCUCGUGACAGCCGAUGGGCAGCUGUUCACAUUCGGCGAGUCUGACCAUGGAAAGCUGGGGCUGCCCCCACAGCACUUAAACAACACCAGGGUUCCCCAGUUGGUGCAGGGGAUACCAGGCAGGGUCACCCAGGUGGCCUGUGGUGGGGGCCAUACUGUAAUCCUGACAGAUGGCGACUUGUACACAUUCGGGCUGGGCCAGUUUGGACAGCUGGGACACGGGACCUUUACCUUUGAGACCUCUGUCCCCAGAGCUGUAGAGUACUUCAGGGAAAGGAAAGUCCGCCUGGUGGUGUGUGGGGAAAACCACACAGCAGUCAUAACUGGGAAUGGUCUUCUUUAUACGUUUGGAGAUGGACGACAUGGGAAACUGGGACUGGGGGAGGAGAAUUUUACCAACCAGUUCAAGCCAACUCUUUGCACUCGGUUCCUCAAGUACCUAGUGCAGUCUGUGUCCUGCGGUGGAUGUCAUAUGCUGGUCCUCGCUGUUCCCAGACCUAAGGGCUCAGAGCCUGUCAUCCUUCAGGAGGAUGACUUGAAUGAGAACUACCUGGAAAAAUCCUAUACAGAGCUCCUAGGGGACACCUCUGCUUCUGGCACUUUCAGGAGGACCCUAUCAGCACGUGUCAGGCGUAGAGAAAGGGAGCGUUCUCCAGACCAGUUUGGGAUAAUGUUCAGGACACUGCCCCCACCGAGAGGCAAUUUCCUCAACUCCUCUCUUCCUGUUCCAAGCCAAACGGUUCCAGCCAGACUUCCUAGCUUGAACCUGCCUGAUUCCAGGGUGCCAAAUGGAAUUCACCACAAGAAGGUUGCAGAGACUUCCAACAGCUACAAGUCUGGUAACGCUCAGAGGUCAGAAGACAAGGGCUGGGCAGUCGAAGACCUGGAUGAGAAUGACAGCGUGAAAGGACUAGGGAACACCACUGACCUGCUGAAUAUGACCCAUGUAAUGCAGAUGAAUCCCAGUGACCAGACUCUGACAUUAUCACCUGUUCAAAAGGAAAAGGUAAGUCAUGGGCUCAAUUAAAAAAUCCUGUCCUGAUCAGCUCAGCAAAUCCCCAUAAGGUGGGUGCCAUCUUUGAAUUUCAGUUAAGAAGUACAAAGAGUGACAAAAAUAGAAAGAAAAAAAAUUAGUUAUGUUUUAACUUCGUUUAUUUUCUGAAUUUGAAAUUGCCAGUUGUUUGUUUUAUAUCCUCGGUUUGCCAGGACAAGGUCUGUGAAUGCCCCUCUGCUGCACACCAUUUCACAUACAGUGAGCUUCAUAGUGUGUUACAGGAGAGUUAGCUUGGAUUGGAGGAAUGACGCGUCUCUCACUGACAGCAGAGGGAGGACACUAUAGCCAGCCCAGGGCCCUCCUGUUGAAAUUGAAAGAGGCCAGUUUUGUGCCAUGCUAGGGAAUUUUUCUCAGUUUGCUGAUGACAGCCCAGUUUUGGCCCGGUGGUGUUUGAACAGUCUCCACUAUAGGAUUUAAUUUGAGUAAAUGUAUUUAAUAAAUUGUUAUUUAUUAUUAUUAUUUUAACCACAUUUAUGGACGUGGUUAUUUGUUUGGAUUUGUUGGUUCUCAGCCUCAAAACUAUCAAAGUACAGUAAAUGGUUCUCCAAUAUGGGUUUUUCCAGUGCAGAUUUUUAUACUUGAUAAAAAAUCAAAUAAAUAUCUGUCACACAUGAAAAAUCUGACUGGGCAUGUUUAUAUGUGCUCUGCCUAAAAUAGUAUCUAGAAUCUUCUAGUAAUGUCUUCAACACCCUUGCACAACCACACAUUCCUCUCUCUCUGUCUCAUGUACACUGUCACGGUGAGUAAUGUUCAUGGUUGUGCAGACUACGAUGAAUUCAUAAGUGUUGCCUGCUAUAUUAAAUUAGGUAAAUUCCAAAAUUUCCUUUUGACAUUUUCAUGGAAUACUUAAAGUGCUGCAAGUUCCCUUUUCUUUGGAGGGAAAGUGAAUUAUAAACCUUAGUUUUCACUGGAGGCAAUUUUUAUGUAAUUUGUAAUAUCUUUUUUUUUUUGCAUACUACCUAUAUAAAUAAUCGGUUCUACUGGUGAACAAGAAGCAGGACAGUAAAGUUUUCCUCACUUCAGCUUCAUUGAGUCGCUCUCUGUUGCUACUUUCUGCUUGUUUUGUUUCUCUACACCUGCAGUGACAGCCUUUUUUAAUUUGUUUUCCAACAACUUCUGUGUCUGUACUCUGCUUUUUCUGCAUGCUUAUUAAUUUCUAAUAUUUUCCUUCUUUUUGUCCUCUGCUUCUCAUG